AUGGCAUCAUCGAGCAACAUCAGCAACUACGACAUUCCAUGGGUAGAGAAAUACAGGCCUAACAAAGUCGCUGACAUCGUCGGUAACGAAGACGCCGUCUCUCGCCUCCAAGUCAUCGCUCGCGAUGGAAACAUGCCUAAUCUCAUAUUGGCUGGUCCUCCUGGAACUGGCAAAACCUCAAGUAUCCUGGCUCUUGCACAUGAGCUUCUUGGACCAAAUUCGAAGGAGGCUGUCUUAGAGCUGAAUGCAUCAGAUGACAGGGGUAUAGAUGUUGUGAGGAACAAAAUUAAGAUGUUUGCACAAAAGAAAGUGACACUGCUUCCUGGACAACACAAAAUUGUAAUUCUCGAUGAAGCUGAUAGCAUGACAUCUGGAGCACAACAAGCCUUGAGACGUACCAUGGAAAUUUAUUCAAAUUCCACUCGUUUUGCUCUUGCAUGCAACACGUCUUCUAAAAUUAUCGAGCCUAUUCAGAGUAGAUGUGCCAUUGUUCGAUUUUCAAGAUUAUCUGAUCAAGAGAUACUUGGUCGUCUCAUGGUGGUAGUUGGAGCAGAACAGGUCCCUUAUGUUCCUGAAGGUCUUGAAGCUAUUAUAUUUACUGCCGAUGGAGAUAUGAGGCAGGCCUUGAACAACUUGCAAGCUACAUACAGUGGAUUCCAAUUUGUCAAUCAGGAAAAUGUUUUCAAGGUCUGUGAUCAGCCUCAUCCAUUGCAUGUGAAGAAUAUGGUGCGCCAUGUGCUUAAGGGUGAAUUUGAUGAAGCUUGUUCUGGUCUGAAGGUUCUUUAUGAUUUGGGUUAUUCCCCCACUGACAUAAUUACAACCCUUUUCCGAAUCAUAAAGAAUUAUGAAAUGGCUGAAUAUCUAAAAUUGGAGUUCAUGAAGGAAACUGGGUUUGCCCAUAUGAGAAUCUGUGAUGGUGUUGGUUCGUAUCUUCAGCUAUGUGGCCUGUUGGCCAAGUUUGCAUUAGUUCGUGACACAGCUAGAGCGGCAUAA